AUGAGUUGUUUCUCGUGUUUUUCCUCCCAUGAACAGAAAGCAUCUAAGAGGUAUAGGGAGCCAAUGUCCCCUGGUCCACAUCCACGCCCACAGCCAAAACCUGAGCAUCCUGCAAAGGUCACAGCUGAAGCUACAAAUAAUAGGGCUGUAAACGAUAAACCUACAACUAAAGAAAGUGGCAACAACAAUAUUGCAGCUGAAACAUUCACUUUCCGUGAGCUGGCAACAGCUACAAAGAAUUUCCGACAAGAAAGUCUGGUAGGGGAAGGUGGAUUUGGGCGCGUUUAUAAGGGUCGACUUGAGAAAACUGGCCAGGUGAUUUAG